AUGUCUACCUUAAAUUUAGACAUUCAUUACUCAAACAAGAGAGGGGAAGAAAAUUCUAUCAGCCUGUACCUCCUUAUAAUUGACAUGAAGAAGAUUCUUAGGAUCCUUUUAUUCUUUAUAGCCUAAACCUCCAAUACUGAUGAGUAUUACACUGAAAAAGUAAUGCAGCUGUUUAAUCAUUAGGACUUCUAAUUAGGAGCCAUCGUUCAAUUCAAUGUUUAUAAGUUUUAAUUGAUCAGAAGAGACGAAUUUACUAUCAAUUAUAAGAAAUUAAAACAUCUCACAAGUUAUUGCGAAACUCAGACUUAUUGCAAACAACUAUCCUAAUUUCAUUAGUUUCUUACUUGUUCUUUUGUAGUAUCCUUUGAACAUCAUCUAGGAAACUGGAUAAAUAAUUGA